AUGUCGAUUCAACAAGGUCUCAUCUCACCUCCGCUGUCCGGCAGGGCAUACAAGGCGGAUCCGCCACGCGUUCAAGACAUUCAUAAGGCUGUCAACACCGCCGAUGUGUUUGGCCAUGCCCCUUCCGCCAGCUCUUCCGCUCAUUACGCAAAGCCAACGGGCCAUCUUGGGCACGACCACACCAUUCGCAGCCCCGUCAAGAAGCACAAGCACGGCCUCUCGGACGCCGAUCGUGCUCAGCGUCCUCUCACACCGCCCAUGAGCAAGGACGUGCGCCACGAUCAGCAUGAGUCCGAGCACGAUGGCCAAGAUGGCCACUUCCGAACCGAUUCGGAGGGAGAUCUCUUAAAUGCACCAGCAUCCUCCUCAUCGUACAACACCGUCAAAGCUGCAAAUACACGUGAUCAGCGGGCCUCCCUGCCCGUAACCACCUCCAGGCGCGGUCUCAUGGCGGCUGCGUCCAUCCGCAACCGCUUCGACACGCUUACCAAAGGUCUCGAGUGCGAGUCGGACGACGAGCACAACCCAUUCCUAGACCGACGUCCACCCACCACCUCGACUAAAUCCGAGAGCCACGCUCACCACUCGCAUCCGUACUACGACAACUUCGACAGUGAUCAGGACGCCGAAGGCUCUGUCGACGGCGACGCUCUGGAUCGCACUGCCGAGCACGACGUCACGCCGCGGGCCUCGACGUCGUCGUCGACCGCAACCACGCCUCCUCGAGCGCCGAGGCAUGCUCUCGCCUAUCGGCCUGCUCGCCCCUUUUCUGAGCGCGUCAGAGUCGACAACGAGGCAGUAACGGGGACCAUGCCCAUCCGCGAUACGCCCAAGAACCCUUUCCUCGCCGGCGGGCCAGCCGACAACGGAUUCCACGGUCCUAAUCGACACGCGGCGUAUCGUCGCGCCCAGCAGAUUCCAGGAAAGGAACGAGGCAAGAUCGCUUACGUCUUUCGCGGUCAGAGGGUCACGUACGCAGAUCCAGAGUACGAUUCGGACGACGACGAUUCGGAACUCGACGAGCAGUACGCGAAGACCAACCAGUUCAACCCGCACCACAACCCGGAACGCCCGCCUAGACUUCAGCCGAGGCUUCUUUUCCCGCCGCCCAAUGCCUCGACCAGCCAGCCGCAAGCCCCGGGAUCAAAGCAGUCCAGUGCGGUGCAGAUGGAAGGCAGACACGGCCAGACACAUACAGCCUAUCUGCCAGGCGCUGUCGAAGUGGUCGAGGAUGAGUUUGGAGGUGCUACGAGCAGCAGCAGCUACGAUGACGAUACCAGCCAUGCACCGCGUACUGGAGGCGGAUUGUUUGUAGCACAGAUUGCAGCGCAGCGAGAGCAGCAACUGGCUGCACAGGGCCCCACGUCUUCCUCGCGCAGCUCCCAAAGUAGUGACUCGUUCCACAGCGACCAACACUCGACUGGUCAGCAAGCAGCACGUGCACCAGUAUACCAAGCUCACGCUCUGGAUGCACGAGAGCAUGGCGAGAUGAUGGCACCCUCGAGUUCGACCAGGCUGCAGAGCAUCACGCGCGACAGUGGCGCAGUUGGCAAGGGUGCAGACGGCCAACAAGCAGCCAGAGAUGCGCUGCUGGCGCGUCUGAACCAGACCGACUGGAGCGAUGACGAUGAAGACGAUGAGCGUUGUAACGGCAGCAAUGAGCGGGUGCGUCAGGGCAGUCAAAGUAGACGAGCGGCAGCUGACGAAGAGCAAGAGGAGCAGCGAGUGCAAACCACUCACUCGUUGUCACGUUCGCAGAGCCAUAGAAAGCGCAUGUCGGAGCACGAGCAGCAGCCGGGGCAGCACGCGGGCGAGGAGGAUGGGCUGGCUCGCCCCAUGAAGCGAUCGCGUGCAUCAUAUGCCUACUAA